ACUUUUAAUUCAAGUUUCAAAUCGGCGUACGCCUUUCUGGAAGCUCAUCUAAUAUGUAAUAUUCUUAACAAAUAAAACGCGGCACUGACAACGAGGCGAUAGUUUCCACUAAACGCUUGAGUACACAGUUUAAACGAUUGCAAAUCCAGUUUGUACAAAAUGAAGAAGGUGUUCAUAUACGCUUUCACUUUCAUGAGUCUGUUUUACGCAGAAGUUGUCAAAGGAGCUUCGCAAGAUUGGCCAGACACGGAGCUAAAUCUGCAUCGUGUAAAUCCGUACAAACUAAUGUUGCACAAGAGAAGUAUCCCGAACUCUCAGGUCUGCAUACCGGGUACUACGAAACGCAAGGAAUGCAACGAAUGCCUCUGUGUCGGGGACGGUUCAGAGUGGUCCUGCUCCAGAAUGGAGUGUCUUCAAUUUGCAUCAACAUCCCGGAGUUCCGACGACGCUUCAAUAAAUCCAGAUCAAGCGAAAAAUUUGCGUCGUACGAAGCGAAAGUUACUGAUCAUGGGCCCCUGUGAUAGAGCAACGUACAUGUACGAAUGUAACCAUUGUUGGUGCGAAUCUGACAGUUGGGGCGGCCAUUACGCCUGCACCACGAAUCCCUGUCCAACUUCUACGCCGCGUACAAAUGCCUGAACAAUGUGUUUGCUACUUGUAAAACAACUCGAAAAUGUGGACGAGUUUUUGGACUCUCGAGACGUUAAAUGAAAUGUAGUUACUUCGUUAUUACGUGUGACUCGAGUGUCGUUUGUGAAACUUUAAUAAAUACGGUGCUUUAAACAA